AAUGGCGUCACUUAAUGUGAAAGGCGAGACAUUGUUCAAAAUAUUUUUAAAAUAACUACUGUUUGUGCCAAUACUAGCGUAUAAUUUUUUCUUGCUCUUGUGUUUCAAGACAUUAGCUAUCAAAUGAUAUACAUCAACUACAGUAUCACCUAGCCUACUUGAAACUUAACAGGGGUAAGCGAGGCCGCGUAUGGAUUAGGCCAGGCCAUGGCAGGUGAGGUGAAGAUGGAUUUGGGUGAAAGUUCAGGCUGUCGAUCAAUGUGCCAUCAGUUAAAUGGUGUGAUUUUUGAAGUAUUGCAGUUAAAGUUGUGAGAUAUCUAUGCAAAGAACUGUGGCAAGAAGACAUAGUUGUGAAUAAACUAGUGAAUGCCAUUAUUCUGCUACUUUGCCUUAAUCAAAAUGUUGUGAAGAACUGUGAAGGCUGGGACAUAGAACUCUCAGUAAAAUUUGUUGCACGUAGUUGUCCAUUCUUAAAGACUGGCACAGCUAGGUAAUGGAUCCGGUGGGGCCAUGGUCAGCGUACGCCGCUUCUUAUAACCGUCUGGCUGGCGCAACGGGCGGUUUCCAGUCCGGGUCUGCAGGAGGGGCGGGUGAUUUUGUCACCUCCCAUCACCACCUAGCAGCAGCCACGGGGAACUCGGGUCUAGGAAGCCACCAGCCGGGCGGUGGUGUGCCAUCCACAACAUCUCAGCUGCUACUUCAAGCAGCGCACACCACUGCUAGCUUGGCUGGCCAGCUUGGGAUGUCAGCCGCUGGACCUGGCACCACCGCUUCACCUUUUAAUCCCGGUGGAUUCCUUUCUCCUCCUCCUGUGGGCUAUGAUGCAGUCUUUUCUCCAUUGUUUCACCAUGCGAACCCCAAGCCUGCCCACUAUCCCUCCACACUGAAUGUGAGUCAGCAUAGACAAGCCCUGGCACAGGCUCAGGCUGCCGCUACAAAGCAGAGCUCAGUGGAAUCAGAACUGUCCAGUUUACGUGAGAACUACAGUACGGCGCAUCACCAAAGCCUGGCUGCAACAGGUAGCUCAUUCUUCGAACACCAGGCAUCAUCAUCCUCUCCAUCUUCAUCUCUGGCAUGGUCACAUCAAGGCAACACGCAACUUCCAAGUCCUUUUGGAAUCUUACCACAUGAGACUGUUGUGACCUCAUCCCCUGGACCAGCAACAUCUAAGUCUGGUACAUCAGCAUAUGAAAAUACCUUCAAUGCUCAUUUUGCAGCUGCCCAGAGCCUGAACCAUCUGAACUCUCAGCUCACAGCUGCAGCGGAAUACAAUAAAAGCUCUGGCAGCUAUGGUGAUAACCCCAGUAAGAAAGCCAGCCGGGCUCAGUCACCACUCGUAACGCCAGUGAAACCAGUGGCAUCUGCAGCUUCCAAUGUUCCUGCAAGUGGAACCCCAUUUUUUCACCAGGCUUCAACAAGCACAUCUUUUGCUGGCUCUGAAUCACUUACAUCACGUGGUGAUUGCUCAUCUCUUUCUGGGAACUUCUCAGGCAGUAACAAGUCACAGCAGCAACAGCAACAACAAAUUUCUUCUGGUUCAGAAUUUCCUAGUGGAAGCAAAUCCUUUGGUAAUAGCCCCUCAAGCUCUCUUCACCACCAGCAGUCAUGCAUUGUCUCAACUGCUUCUUCUACUGCUGCGUCAUCCAAGGAUUAUCGUAUACCCCAGCCUCCCUCACGAUCAGCCUCUUCUUCACUUUUCCUAAAUGCUGCUUCCACAUCGUCUCGGUCAUCAUCCCAAACUGCUGAAAAACAGUCCUCUAGGAACCAGAACUUCGUCCCUCCAACUAGUAAGGCCUCAGCACAUCACACCAUUCAAACUAAGGCACAAACUAAAAUAUAUCCUGAGUUAGCAUCUUCAUCUGAGCAUUCUCGUCGGAGUGAGAGCACACUAGAAUCUAGUCAAUCUUCCCCGAUUAGUUUUGCCAUGAUGGAUGCAACUGCUCAUCGCCAAGGACUAAAUUAUUCUGGUAAUGCAGCUGCUGGUGGAACAUGUUCAUCUGGUUCUGGGUCUUCUUCAAAAAUGGCCUCCAACCCUCAGCGUAGCAAUACAAGUUCAAACCUUCAGCAGUCUCAGUUCCAGCAUGUCUUGAAUCAGCAGGCUGCUGCAAACUCUUCUUACCAUGCUCGCCAUUAUUCUGGUUCAGUUUCAACAGCAGAUUCAUCAGAAUAUCAUCAUGGUGGCCGAUCUAAGGCAUCUGGAUCCACAGACUCUACAUAUUCAGAGCGACUACUCGCUUCUAAUAAUUCUUCUUCCCAAAAUGGGCCAGACUGUGGUGUUGUUGUUCCGCGAAGGCCUAGUCCUUUACAGGCCCAUUCUCAGGCCAGCCCACUGGGUCAUGUUCCCAGUCCGGCUUAUCCCAUGUACAAUAGCCCCAUGGCAUCUAUGUCAUCACCUUCACCUCUGCAGCAGCAUUCUGAAUCAGCUGGGAAUCAGUGUCCAAGUGGAGGAGCACCAAGACAUAGUAAUCCCCCAUCACAGCAGCAACAGCAACAGGUUGCUCCUCCCUCUCCUUUGGAUGUUACUGUUCCACGACCAUCUUCACAAGGAGGACAAGUUGCUUAUCCAUCGGUCAUUACUCGUGCCCUCUCUGGUGAAGGAGGUAAUAAAUCAUAUGGUGGUGAAGGAAGGUCUUUUGAACGAUCCCAACAGCAGCAGCAGCAACAACAGCAGCAGCAACAGCAGCAACAACAGCAGCAACAACAACAACAACAACAGCAGCAGCAGCAACAACAGCAGCAGCAGCAAGAAUUUUCACAGAAACAGCAGAGUUGUUGGGAAACUGGAGACAGUAGACAGCAGGCUCACCAUUCUCGAGCAGCAAAUAAGUUUCAGACCUCUUCAGGCUAUGGAGCAGGAGGAAUGGAGAUGUCACAGCAAGUACCUGCACAGCAACAACAGCAGCAGGCACAACAGAGAGCUGCAUUAGGCAUCUCAGAACGGCAGCAAGCAUACUUUGACUCAAGUCCAGGACACCAGGUGACACUUCAAGACCUUAGUAGCUGCCGUGGAGACCCAAUGAGUAUUGUGAAAAAUUUGCAGACCUUACAGCAGCAGUCAUGUCAACUUCAGGCAAAUGCUGAGCAGCCAAAAUCUGCACCUGAAGAGCGGCUACAGAGUUCUAAAAGUGGUGGUGGGGGUGGUGGUAGUAGUGGUGGUAGUGGUAGCAGCAGCAGCGGCGGAAAGCGUAGGAAAAGUUCAGAGAAAAGUCAUGCAGGUGCUGCAGCUCUCAAUGAUCUAGCAGGUACUGCAAUGGCUGAAUAUUUCACAGGCCGUGUUCCCCCACCUGCACAUCACAAUACCAACCAGCAGCAGCAAAAUGGCGGGUUUUUUGAUUUUGAACGUUGGAACCUCCCACCACCACCGCCCAAGAUGUUUGGUGGUGGUCCAGGUGCUUUUGGUUCUCAGUCUCCACUGCAUCAUGGCGGAAACUUUGUGGGCAGUCCUGCUCAUCAGCACCAGUCUCUGAUGGUCCCUCAUCCCCAUCACCACCCUCCACCCCCACUUCCUUAUUUUCCAGCAUUUCAGUUACACCCUGGGCAUCACCCUCAUCAUCCUCCACAUGAGUACCAGCCCUCAGUUGAAAUUGCACCGCUUCCCUUUGAGAAUACUUCCUCUGGAAACAAUUCAUUUGCUGCAGGACAAGAAACACGUGAUGACCAACCCAAAGUUAUUGUGCCCAAUAUAGAAGAAGAAUUGGGUUUCUUAGCAGAGGCAGACGCAGCUCCCACAGCUACUACUACAACUACUACUACAAGUACAACAAACCCUGCUGGUUCAACAGUUGUGUCUCCAAUGGAAACAAAGAUGCCAGAGAAGAAGUCUUUGCCAUCGACAAACCCAUCCUCAGGGUUCAUGGCUAGCUACAUGAAGUUCCUUCAGGGUGAGAGAGAUUCGUCACCGCCACCUGCAAAUCGUGGAGGGAGAAAAGCUACUUGGUCCAGGGCCAAAGUUUACCAGCCUGAACCUGCCAAGUCUACAGCAACAGCCACAACAGUGGCAACAACUUCUGCUGUCACUACCACUACAGCAACACUGGAUUCAGGGACCACUGCAUCAUCUAAUUGUAAUGCCACACCUACAACACCUACAAACUCUGUGUCUGCUUCGGAGAAGGCAAAGGAAAUUACAACUACGAAGAGCAAAGAAGUUUCCAGCAGGGUGUAUGAUCCCGAAGAUGAUCCUAGGUACUUUCCAUUACCCAAAUCUGAUGCCAAGAGGAAAAGUUUUGCUGAUUCAGAUGGGGAUUUUGAUUCGAGUGAUGGAGAGAAGGAAAAAAUAAUAGAGAAAGAGAAGCCAAAACCGAAAGAGAAAGAGAAAGAAAAGGAGAAGGAGAAAGAAGAACCUAAACAGGUGACAAAGCCAUCCUCAAAGCAAUCUAAAGUCUCACAGAAGACAGCUGCUCCACCAGUGGCACCGCAAGUGGAAUCUGUUACCAGGAAAACAGUUGAAAGGGCAGAGAAGACAGAAAAAGGGAAGAAAGGCCGCGGAACAAAAUCUGGUGGCGGACAGACUGCUAGCAAGAGGAAACAUGACCAGGAAGAAGCAGUGGAUCCACUGUUUCUUCCACCGAGAAGGGAAACUUCACGGCGGAAAGCCAAAGAGAAAACGAGCAUGAAGCAGUUACUUGACCGACAAGAGAAUUUGGAUGAAGAUUUUGAUGCAGAUGAGCCAGAGUUUGUAGACUCUGAUUCAGACCCAGCAUGGACUCCCGCAGCAAAGGAUUCAUCUGAUGAAGAUGGUGCCGGUCGUAGGCGCGGAAGUCGUCGUACUCGUCCACUUGUUAGUCGGAAGAAAUCUCGCCUGCUGUCGUCAUCUAGCAGUACCACAGGUGGCCAUGAUGAGGAUGGCUACAGCAGUAGUGAGAGUGUAGAUACUCCAGCACAGCCCCCUCCAAGUAAAAAGCAUCAUGCUAAUCACAGGAGUGGAAGUGCAGGAAGUGGUAAAGCUGGAAAUGUGACUGGUAGUUCCAAGUCUGGAAGUGCAGCUGGUGGUGCCAAGACUGGAAAUGGUGGUGGUUCAAAGUCUGGAAGUGGCACUGGAAAUUCCAAAUCAGGAGGACCUGUGGGCGCAAAGUCAGGGGGCAGUGGAAAUAAUGGAAGUUCCAAGUCUGUUGGUGGUGGUGGGGGUAGCAGAGGUAGACCACGUAUUUCCAGCAUUACAGCACCAUCUCCUAACUCCACGCCAUUAUUGCAUCAGUCAGCUACAGCGGAGGAGACAACAUCAUCUGGAAACACUGGGGGAGAUUCUGGUGACAAUAUUCCCUUUAAGCUGAAGCUGAAGAAAGACAAGACUCAGAGUGGUGAGUUUGUUGUCAUGAAAAGUGACUUAGGAGAAGAGUACCCACCCAUCUGGCGUAUUGAUGGAAAGACUCUUCUUCAGAAGUAUGAACCGUUUGACCAAAACGGAAAGACUCUCUACCGUAACAUUUCCACUUCACCACGGGCGCACAAGCAACAGGGGUUAUCAAGCCCUGCCCGUGAUGCUGAGAAAAGGUACUCUGGGUGGACACCUCAGAACCGCCAUAUAUAUCAGCAGGUACCUGUGAAGUUUCGGGUCCAGAAUCGGCUUGAAACUAUUGUUGAGUUUAUGAGGGACGAGAUGGCUUUGGAUGACCAGCAUGGCAGGGAGCUGAUUGAGAAGUCGAUGAAGGAGACAGCCAAGUACCAGGACAACUUUGAAGUGUACAUCCAGACGCUCAUCUCACAAGCACUUGAUUCCAAUUUCCUCACUGAGAUAUUCCAAGAACAAGAUGAUUAUUUCCUAUCAAAUGUGAAGACAGUGGAUGAUGUCACUGAGGAGAGGAAGCGACGGUUACUUGGAGUAGCUCAGUGGAAGGCGGGACUUCAGACCAGUGUUGGUACCUGGCCGUGCUUCAAUGUCAUCACUGAUCUGCCUGCAGAUGAGAAGCAGGAGAAACUAUGCGCUGCGUGUGACAAGUCGCAGGUUUCUGUUAGGGUCCAGAUGUAUGGGCAACCUUAUAAUUCCACCACCCUUGAAGGGUGCCAACCUGAUCCAAAAGUUGCCAAUCAGAAGGACUUCCUGUUAUGCAGUGUAUGUGUGGGACGAGUGGAGCUCUAUAACAAGGUAGCCCACCAGAAAUACCUAAUGUAUAUAGAAUGUGCCAAGCGGGUAGCAGAGAAACGUUCCAGUGAUCCCUACAAGGACACUACCAUUAUACUCAAUGAGCUGUUGGCUGAUGAAGCCUGGCUCAAUCAGCUGUUUCGAUCUGUUCGGACAUCGUGGGCUGAAAUUGACAAGAUGGAACAGCAGUCGCAGAACAAGGUGGCGUCAUAAAUAUGAAUGACUUUGAAACUGACAUCAUGAGUUAACCGCAGAACUAAAUGCAUAACUUGUGAUAUUUACUGUGUGUGUAAGAAACUGUUUUUGUAGAUUUCAGAGGAAACUUUCUUUCCUUUUUGAGCAUAAAGAAUCAUGAAGUUUUGUUAAUGUGGCUUUGUAAGUAGGAUUCGUCUCCCACCUAUAUAAAUCCUCUCUUUCAGCAACACUGUAGACGAGCUAUGUACCAUAAUUGCAGCGCAGAAGUGGUAAAUGUUUCCUACGUACAGUUAUCACAGCAAGAGAAUGCUAAUAACCCCGAAUUACAAGAAUAUAAAAGUGGAAACAGGUAUGAAUGAAUAUGAAUGAAUGCGUGUGUGGAAUUCAGCAGUGUCAUCAGAUUUUUCUUAAUUACAAAAGAGAUUUUAGUGUGUACAGAAGAUAAAUAUUCCUUAUAAGUGUUGAAAGAACGUUCAUUUUAGUAUUUGAUGAUGUAACUUGACACAGAUCUGGUGAGAGGAAGACCAGAAUAUGAAAUUUGUAUUAUUUUGAAAUGCCUAUGGGAGCAGAUGAUGUUGAAUGUAAUGGCUCCUUAUGAGACCUACAUUGUCCAAUCCCUAUUUCUUUUGUAUUUCUUUCUUUACUUGUGUUGUGUAAAGCAAAUUAUAUACAUAUAUAUAUAUAUAUAUAUGCAGAGUUUAUCCUUCAUCAAAACAUUAUUCUGUAAUGUGUAAAGUUGUCAUCGUCUUGUUACAUUUUACAGACGUUUUCAAAUAAAUAAUAAAAAUAUUAUUUUUUUCCUCAGCAUCAUGCUGAGGAUUUUACCUUA